GCGCGGAGUCGCCUCCAGCGGGAAGCGCACUUCCGUUAUCUGCGCGCCCCCUCCUCAGCUCGCUCUCUCUGGAUGUUUAAGGCGAGGAUGAACAAACAGGUCCAGCCCGAGCGCAAAGUGUCGGUGGUGGCCCCCUUGCCGGACCGCGCGGGGCCGCCGCCGCCGCCCAAGAAGGACGUGGAGCUGCUGCUGGUGAAGGAGCACAACGGGGUGCAGUACACCAGCAGCAGCCUCCUGCCCGCCGCCCCCGCGCCGCGCUACGGCACCCAGGACAGGGAGACCUGGGGCAAGAAGAUCGACUUCCUCCUCUCCGUCAUCGGCUUCGCCGUCGACCUGGCCAACGUCUGGCGAUUUCCAUACCUCUGCUACAAAAAUGGAGGGGGUGCUUUUCUUAUUCCCUACAUCCUCUUCUUAAUCAUUGCUGGAAUGCCCCUGUUCUAUAUGGAAUUAGCACUGGGACAAUAUAACAGAGAAGGGGCUGCCACUGUCUGGAAAAUCUGUCCAGUUUUCAAAGGUGUAGGCUAUGCAGUGAUACUCAUAGCUCUUUACGUGGGUUUCUACUACAACGUUAUCAUAGCCUGGUCUCUGUAUUAUCUAUUUUCAUCAUUCACAUUUGAGCUCCCCUGGACAAACUGCCACAACAGCUGGAACAGCCCAAACUGUACAGAUCCAAAACUCUUCAAUGCAUCAGUGCUUGGCAAUGGUACUAAAUACUCCAAGUACAAGCUCACUCCUGCAGCUGAAUUUUAUGAGAGGGGAGUUCUGCACCUGCACGAGAGCCGUGGAAUCCACGACCUUGGCUUGCCCCGCUGGCAGCUCUCCCUCUGCCUCUUGGUGGUGGUAAUCAUUCUUUUCUUUAGUCUCUGGAAAGGAGUGAAGACUUCAGGAAAGGUUGUUUGGAUAACAGCCACUUUGCCUUAUGUUGUAUUAUUUGUCUUAUUAAUACAUGGAAUAACCCUGCCUGGUGCAUACAAUGGAAUAAAUGCAUACCUGCAUAUAGAUUUCAGAAGAUUAAAAGAAGCCACAGUAUGGAUUGAUGCAGCCACUCAGAUAUUUUACUCCUUAGGAGCCGGGUUUGGUGUUUUAAUUGCAUUUGCCAGUUACAAUAAGUUCGACAACAACUGCUACAGGGAUGCUUUGCUGACUAGCACCAUCAACUGUGUCACAAGCUUCAUCUCAGGAUUUGCCAUUUUCUCCAUAUUGGGCUACAUGGCUCAUGAGCACAAAGUUAAAAUUGAGGAUGUAGCUACUGAAGGAGCUGGUUUAGUUUUCAUCCUGUACCCAGAGGCAAUUUCAACUCUUUCAGGAUCUACAUUUUGGGCUGUGGUGUUCUUCAUCAUGCUCCUUACACUUGGCAUUGACAGUUCUAUGGGUGGGAUGGAGGCUGUCAUCACUGGCCUGGCAGAUGAUUUCCACCUUCUGAAGCAGCACAGAAAGCUCUUCACCUUUGGUGUUUCUUUUGGCACUUUCCUACUUGCUCUUUUUUGCAUUACCAAUGGUGGAAUUUAUGUGCUCACACUUCUGGACACAUUUGCAGCUGGGACUUCAAUAUUGUUUGCUGUCCUAAUGGAGGCAAUUGGAGUUUCCUGGUUUUAUGGAGUGGACAGGUUCAGUGAAGACAUCCAACAAAUGAUGGGCUUCAAACCAGGCCUCUACUGGAGACUGUGCUGGAAGUUUGUUAGUCCUGCUUUUUUAUUGUUUGUGGUGAUAGUCAGCAUCAUAAAUUUCAAGCCCCUGACCUAUGAUGACUACACCUUCCCUCUGUGGGCAAACCGCAUUGGCUGGGGCAUAGCCUUGUCCUCCAUGAUCCUCGUGCCUGCCUACAUCAUCUACAAAUUCAUGAACGUGCGUGGGACCUUUAAAGAAAGACUGGCUUACUGCAUCACACCUGAAAAUGAGCACCAACUCGUGGCCCAAGGAAAUGUCAGGCAGUUUAAGCUCCAACACUGGCUAACAAUAUGACAACCAACAGACCAAGGAAAAAGCCUACUUUCAACUAAACUGAGAUUACAGAAAAGUCAAGUUCAAAGCUCCCUCACUUAUGCUUGGACCAGGCUGGCCCAGAGCUUAUCUACUGACUCUGUGAGGGAAGACAUCUGCUCUCUGUUGUCAAUGCCUCCCUUCUAUUACUUGGCUUCAAAUGAUCUUUAAAGACUCCAUUUAAGUUUUCUUGCAUCCUUUGGUGCCAUAAGAUCCCUACAUGACCAAAACUUGUGAGUUUUGCUAUAGGCAGAAGUGGAGGAGGGGGGAGCAGAGGAAAAGAACAAUCAGCAUAAGUUAAGUGCUUUUUUAUUGUGAAGAAGUGAAUUAAACUUUUCUGACAAUAAUAACUACUUCAGAUAAUUUAAAGGAACAACACCUAAGCAGUCUAGAUCUAAGGAAAGAGAACACCUCAGUUAUGACAAAAAGAGCAAUUUUAACAAUGUCCUCAUGUCACUAGCUUUCUUGCCAUACUGUCCUUUGGGAUGUGAGUUUGCAUCCUUCUGAAAGUGCUUCAUUUUCAGUGGUUUGUUAUUUGUUCCUUCUCUUGGUGAGGAACACUGUCUUUGCUGUACACGUCCAUGCCAUUUUUUGACCAGUUUGAUUGCACUGAAGCUAAAGAGCAGCAGGAAGAGAAUUCCUGUCACAAUUACUAGUGCAGAACACAGCUUAAUAUCAGUGUACUUCAUGAAAGAAAUAUUCCCUUAUAUCAACAAUUGGAAUGGCUUUAUCAUAUGAUCCACAUUCUGCAGACUUUUCCAGCUGAGCAUGGAAGUUACAUCCAAAGAGACAGACUUUCAUCUUUUUGCUGUAUUUUGUUCCAAAUAAAGAAUGUAAAAUACAUGAAGGAUAAUUUAAAAUUAUAGAAUUACCAAGUGGCACAAAAACACCAAUCUGGUUUUAUUCCCCUGCUGUGAAAAUAUUAUAACUUAACCAGGAUUUACCCACCAAGACAUAGUAAGAUUUUUAACUACUUUAAAAGUAUGUUUAGCUCUCUAAACCUAUUCCAGCUCUGUUCUCUAGUAGUAUUAUGCAAAGUAGAAGACACAGAACAAACUCUGCAUUUGGGUGCUGUUCUUAUUCUGUGGUCACUUGUCACUGUAGUACCUUUCAAGUGAUCACUACAUUCAGUAGCUUUGAGUUAGUUCUUGUGAUUAUUUAUCACUGGGUCUACAUUAAUUUGCAGAGGCAGUAGCUUCUCUGCUGGAUCCAACCCAGAGUUA